AAAUCAUUCAAUUUGAAAUCAUUGGGCAAACUAAAGUUCAUAUAGUUUGAAAUCAUUCGGCAAAAUUAAAAAUGAGUGUUAUAAGAUUUGAGAAAUGUGGGAUGUAUAAAAAAUGUGGGGUGUGUGUAGAAAAUGUAAGAUGUAUAUUAAGAACGUGGGCUGUGAGGGUAUUUUGGGGAAGAAAGUGAGGUGUAUUAAGAUAAUUUUUAAUUGAAAAAGUAAAUAUGAGGUGUAUUAAGUACGUGAUGUUUAUUCAAUCAUUUAUGGGAUGCUAAUAUAAUAAGCUUUUUCAAUUGAAAAUUCCAGAUUUAAUUUUAAUGGACUAAAUCACCAUGGAAAGAUCUGUCCCGGUAAAACAAGUAAAGAAUAAAAUAAAAAAUCAAGUUUGUGAUCUGAGGGAACGUCCCAGAUUAAAUGACCCGGACGGAUGCGGAGAGACAGAUCCGUUUUAAUAGGAAAGAAGGAAACGCCGCAGCCUGUUGCCCUCAGAUUACUUGGCGCGAUACCGGGGAUGGCAUCUCUUGGAGAAGAGUACCCUGACGACACCCUUAAAUUUAUGCGUCUUGCUAUAGAACAGGCAAAUGAAGCUUUGGACAGCCUUGAAGUUCCUGUUGGCUGUGUGAUUGUUGAAGAUGGGAAGGUCAUAGCCUCGGGAAGAAAUCGAACUAAUGAGACACGAAAUGCUACAAGGCAUGCAGAGAUGGAAGCCAUUGAUACUCUUCUUGAGCAGUGGAGAGAACAGAGGCUUUCAAAGUCACAAGUUGCCGAAAAGUUUUCAAAAUGUAGACUCUAUGUUACAUGUGAGCCAUGCAUAAUGUGUGCAGCGGCUUUAUCAUUUAUUGGAAUAAGGGAAGUAUUUUAUGGUUGUGCCAAUGACAAAUUUGGUGGGUGUGGAUCAAUAUUGUCAUUGCACUCAAGUAGCUUUGAGCCACAAACGAGUGGUGGAGCUCCAAAGGGGAAAGGAUUCAAAUGCACUGGAGGGAUAAUGGCAACAGAAGCAGUCUCACUUUUUCGCAGUUUUUAUGAGCAGGGAAACCCUAAUGCUCCAAAGCCUCAUAGGCCUCUUGCUCAACAAGCAACGCAAUGAGUACGUAAGAGAUUCAGUACUUUCUCACCUCAUUUAUCAAAUGAGGUCAAAAAUCAAGUGCAAGACCAAAGCAAGACCUUCCUAAGGUUUGCAACAGCCCAAAAUUGGAUUUUGCGGACUUCGGAAAGGGAAACGGAUGAAAACUUUGGGAAAACUACACGAAAUAUGGAUCUCUUCGAUAUUUUCUACUAUCACUACAAUCAUGUAAUCCAAAGUUGGUUGAAUUUAUAAGAAGCUCGUUUGAUGUUUAGGAUAGGUUUGACUUGGACGGUUCACUAGAUUUAAUGAAUGUCGAACACAAGAUAUGUAUGUUAACCAAUGUUUUAAAAAACUCGCCUCGAGGCACGCCUAGGGCGCCCUUGAGGCUGGGCGCCAUGGCUAAUGCCUCAGUUUUGUUGGAGUGGGCGAAAGGCUUCGCCGGAGCCGCCUAGGCGCACCUCAGUGAGUUUUUUUUUUUUUUUCUUUACUCCCAAACCCAAAUUUUGGGUAGGAUUUUAACUGUCUCAUACCUCUUCCUUGCA